GGAAUGCCUUGUCUUGGGAGAAGUCACUUUAAGUCCUGUUGUGUUUCAUGCACGUGUCUCCGUGUUCCCAGCUGUUGCAUGCAGGGACUUGCACCUCUCUCCUUCCCCCCUUCUCGGGGAGUUGACGUGUGUGGCUGGAAUAGGAGAGAGGACAUGGGGGUUGAGAAGGAAAUGUUUCUUUUCUAUGGAGAAGAGUCUGGAUGAAAGGAUUUCAGGAGACAAAAGAAUUGCAAAGAAUUUGAUUUGGGAGCAAACUUCAGGCUGAGGGCAGUGCUUGUUGUGAGCUGCAGAUAAAAUUCCAUGUUCACAUGAUUGCAUGAGGCUUAUAAGGAAGUGGCCUUAGCCUGAAAAAAAGGAGCUUUGAGACUGGUGACUGCUUUGUAGGCCAGGAGAAGGAGGGAAAAAAUGAGUGAAUAAGAAUCUGCCGCUGCUGGGGUUGCAUCAUUUGCGAGCAGUGCUGAGUAAGGGAGAGCCAAGGAAAGACGGCUGCAUGAAGACUGAGCUGCUGAAAGACAUCACCAACAACAAAGAGGAAGGGUUUAAUGCCAUGGCUGCAGAUGAAAGCGCUACAGAAAAGCAAGUGGGGGAACCAAAAAUGGCGGUAGAUGGCGAAACCAACGGUUCCUGUGAGCACAGCGAGGGUGGGGGCCACCCAAACCCAGCAAAAAACACUCAGGACAACACGAAAGUGAGCCAGCAGGACUCUACUACUAAAUUAAAUAGGAUAGCAGAAAACGGCAUUUCGGAGCGGGACGGCGAGCCUGGGAAGCAAAACCAUCUGAAAGCAAAUGACUUCACACAGACUUCUGUCACAGGGAGCAAUGGAUAUAUCCUAACCAAGCAGAUGGCACAGGAGCAGCCUCUAAGGACUACCAGCUUUGCUUCUCUCACUGGCCACGCUGCAAAAACGCUGCCUGGAGGGGCAGGCAAGGGCAGGACUGUGGGUUCCUUUGCCCAGCUCCAAGCCACCAUGCCAAGCAAGCUCGGGGAGGGCAGUAAGGACAUGGAUGCUAAAAAAGCCCCCGCUGCUAACGCUGAAGUCAAGGUCCACCGAGCACGGAAGACAAUGCCUAAACCCACCCCCAGCCUGGAGUUGCUUCCUGAAUUGGGAUCGAAGCUGAAUCUGAAACAGCAUGCAAGUAAAGACCCCAAAGACGGGAGAGACAUCAGAGAUCAGAAGGAAUCCAAGGAGAAGGAGUUUGAGAACAUGCUGGACUUUGUGAAGCCGUUGUCGUUGCCCUCUCUCCCGGGCCUUCACCAGUCACUACCUCAGAACCAGAGCUAUGUGGCCACCACCAAGUCGCAGACAGCUGCUGCAGUAUCUCGGAAGAAAAAACGGAGAAUGGGAACCUAUAGCCUGGUUCCCAAGAAAAAGACCAAAGUGUUAAAACAGAGAACAAUGAUAGAGAUGUUUAAGAGCAUAACUCAUUCCUCUGUGGGUGCCAAGAGUGACAAGGAGCUGGGGGAUGGCAGCCCUCACGUGAACGGGGAAAGCCUGGAUGUGGACUCUGAAGAGGAGGACUCAGAUGAGCUGGAAGAGGAGGAUGAUCAUGGAGCAGAUCAGGUGGCCGUGUUCCCUGGGGAUGACAACAGGACCUCCAAGGACAGCGCGUCCGACGCAGACAACGCCAGGAAGAUGGAUGACGGCGAGUCUGAGGAGGAGCAGGAGUCUGUAGAAUCUGGGGAGGAGGAGGAGGAUGGAGACGAGUCUGACUUGAGCUCGGAGUCCAGCGUCAAGAAGAAGCUGCUGAAGAGGAAAGGGAAGACAGACAGUCCAUGGCUGAAGCCCACCCGCAAGAGGAGGCGGAGGAAUAAAAAGAAACAAGGCGGUGUGCUAGGUGCUGAGACCUACAAACCCUCACUGGGCAGCAGGGAGGGCCCCGGCCAGGAGAACAGCAUGGAGUACAUGGAGGUGUCCCUGGAUUCCCUGGAUCUCCGGGUGAAGGGGAUCCUCUCCUCACCAGUGGGAGGUCUCUCCAAUGGCCCUGAAGCAAUGGAAGAUGGUCUCCAGGAGGUUCCCCUGUGUAGCUGUCGAAUGGAAACCCCCAAAAGCAGAGAGAUCACCACGUUAGCCAACAACCAGUGCAUGGCCACGGAGAGCGUGGAUAACGAGCUGGGCCGAUGCACAAACAGUGUGGUUAAGUAUGAACUGAUGCGCCCGUCUAACAAAGUCCAGCUUUUGGUGCUGUGUGAGGACCAUAGAGGGAGGAUGGUGAAACACCAGUGUUGCCCUGGCUGUGGAUACUUUUGCACUGCAGGCACUUUCAUGGAGUGUCAGCCCGAGAGCAGCAUCUCCCACCGCUUCCACAAGAGCUGUGCCUCGCAGGUGAACGACACCAGCUACUGCCCUCACUGCGGGGAGGAGGCCUCCAAGGCCAAGGAGGUGACGAUAGCCAAGGCUGACACCACCUCCACGGUGUCCCUGAGCUACGAGCAGCAGAAACCCGCGGCUCUGGAGGGCAGGGCCGACACCACCACGGGGAGUGGCACUGGGACGAGGUUGUCAGAGGAAGACAAGCCAGAAAGUUCGGCUGCUGAAGGCUUUGACAUCGCUGGGUCUUCAGUUUUUCCAAAGCCUACUACUAGCUUGACCCAGGGACCAGUGAAAGAAACUCUGGAAAGUGCCCUGAUUGCCCUGGACUCUGAAAAGCCCAAGAAGCUGCGGUUCCACCCGAAGCAGCUGUACUUCUCUGCCAGGCAAGGGGAGCUGCAGAAGGUCCUGCUGAUGUUGGUGGAUGGAAUUGACCCUAAUUUUAAAAUGGAGCACCAGAGUAAGAGAACCCCUCUCCAUGCUGCCGCCGAGUCUGGCCACGUGGACAUCUGCCAUAUGCUCAUUCAGGCUGGUGCUAACAUUGACACCUGCUCCGAGGACCAGAGGACCCCGCUGAUGGAAGCAGCAGAAAACAACCACCUGGAAACUGUGAAAUACCUGAUCAAGGCUGGAGCACUAGUAGAUCCCAAGGAUGCCGAGGGCUCCACGUGUCUGCACUUGGCAGCCAAGAAGGGGCACUAUGACGUGGUGCAGUACCUGCUCUCCAACGGGAAGAUGGAUGUCAACUGCCAGGAUGACGGUGGCUGGACGCCGAUGAUCUGGGCCACGGAGUACAAGCACAUCGAGCUGGUGAAGCUGCUGCUGGCCAAGGGCUCGGACAUCAACAUCCGUGACAACGAGGAAAACAUUUGUUUGCACUGGGCUGCUUUUUCUGGCUGUGUUGACAUAGCUGAGAUCCUGCUGGCAGCAAAGUGUGACCUGCACGCCGUGAACAUCCACGGGGACUCGCCCCUGCACAUCGCGGCCCGAGAGAACCGCUACGAGUGUGUGGUUCUCUUUCUUUCCCGUGGCUCGGAUGUCACUUUAAAGAACAAGGAGGGUGAGACCCCGCUCCAGUGCUCCAGCCUUAACUCUCAGGUCUGGGUGGCCCUACAGAUGAACAAGACUCUCAAAGAAUCGUCUUCUGAGAAGCCUGCCCAGAUAGACAAGGUGGUGAGCAGAGACAUUGCCCGGGGUUACGAGCGGAUCCCCAUUCCCUGUGUCAAUUCCGUGGACAGUGAGCCCUGCCCCAGCAAUUACAAAUACGUGUCACAGAACUGUGUCACCUCCCCGAUGGACAUUGACAGGAACAUCACUCAUUUACAGUAUUGUGUCUGUAUAGACGACUGCUCCUCCAGUAACUGCAUGUGUGGCCAGCUCAGCAUGCGCUGCUGGUACGACAAGGAUGGCCGACUCCUGCCUGAGUUCAACAUGGCUGAGCCCCCCCUGAUCUUUGAGUGCAACCACGCGUGCUCGUGCUGGAGAACCUGCAGGAACCGGGUGGUGCAGAACGGCCUCAGGACUCGGUUGCAGCUUUACCGGACCCAAAAGAUGGGCUGGGGAGUGCGGACGAUGCAGGACAUUCCUCUGGGAACCUUCGUGUGCGAGUACGUUGGGGAGCUCAUCUCCGACUCCGAGGCCGAUGUCCGCGAGGAGGACUCCUACCUCUUCGACCUGGACAACAAGGAUGGAGAGGUUUACUGCAUCGAUGCCCGUUUCUAUGGCAACAUCAGCCGCUUCAUCAACCACCUGUGCGAGCCCAACCUCAUCCCCGUGCGGGUGUUCAUGUCCCACCAGGACCUGCGCUUCCCCAGGAUCGCCUUCUUCAGCACCAGGCACAUAGAGGCUGGGGAGGAGAUCGGCUUCGACUACGGGGACAGGUUCUGGGACAUCAAAGGCAAAUUCUUCAGCUGUCAGUGCGGUUCACCCAAGUGCAAACACUCGAGCUCGGCGCUGGCGCAGCGGCAGGCGAGCACCUCGGCCCAGGACACGCAGGAGAACGGGCUCCCCGACACCAGCUCUGCCACAGCCUCCUUCUGACACCACCUCCCUCCACCCCACAGCUUCACCUACUGCAUUUCCAUUUAAACAGAAAGAAGAGAGAGACAGAGAGAGAGAAAAAAAUAAAAAUAAAAAACCAACAAAAAGCGACA